GAGAAACGUGAGAAGGGAAUCUCAUUGCUUGGACGUACGUAGCACAUCAUCGUAAUCAUCAAAUGUGAGCGGACGUUUUAGAUUACAGAGAGAAUUUAUGAUAGUUUGUUUACUAUUCAGUGGAUACUGCGUCUGUCUUUAAAGUGCUUUAUUCGGGGUUACAGUAGGCUCUGAGGUACCACACUAUCAAUUAUGAAGAGCUCAACGACGAAGUAUCUUCUCCAAAAUGGACUGCAGUUCUUGAAAGUUGAUGGAAGGAUCCUGCCACGUUCCAAUUGCAACAUUUUGCUCAGGGGAUGCAAUACAAAUCAGCAGACUAGAUCUGUGAGAUUGGCCCAUAGCAUGGCUCAGACCAAUUGGGUGUCCAACAGGGACGAGAGUCGUGAGAUGAUGGGAGUAUGGCCCGACAUUGUCAGGGAUUUGACUGAAGCUGGUCGUCAUCUGGAGAUUCCAGAUGCAACGAAAUGGAUGGCCAAGGUACUGCAAUACAAUGUUCCAAAUGGUAAAAAAAAUCGUGGACUAGCUGUGGUGUACGCUUAUCGUAAACUGGCUGCCCCUGAAGAUCUGACUGAAAACAAUCUGAGGAAGGCUCGGAUACUGGGCUGGUGCGCCGAGUUGUUUCAAGCCCACUUUCUUGUGGAGGACGACAUCAUGGAUCAUUCCACGACCCGAAGAGGCCAGCCCUGCUGGUACCUCCACAACAAUAUUGGUCUAGCUGCUAUCAAUGAUGGGCUCAUAUUGGAGCAAGCUGUGUAUCAAUUAUUGCGCAUGCAUUUCAAGACAGACAAGAGCUAUGUGAAUCUUAUCGAGACAUUCCAAGAGACAACGAUGAAAACAUGCAUGGGACAAACACUCGACAUGAUCGCCAUGAAUUUCGGAAAUCGACCGAAUUUAAAUCUAUUCACGAUGGAUCGAUACAACGCCAUUGUUAAAUAUAAGACAGCUUAUUACUCAUUCGUUAUGCCGGUCACCUUAGCCAUGUAUUUUGCUGGAGUUAACGAUUCUGAGAUGCAUCGACAGGCGAAAACAAUAUUAUUGGAAAUGGGACAUUUCUUCCAAAUACAGGAUGAUUAUCUCGACUGCUAUGGUGAUCCCAAUGUCACUGGAAAGCAGGGUACUGAUAUUCAGGAAGGAAAAUGCUCAUGGCUGGCUGUUGUUGCUCUGCAACGAGCCACUCCUGCACAGCGACAAAUUAUGAGUGAAUGCUAUGGAUUCGAUGAUGUUGAAAAAGUGGCACGAGUUAAACAGUUAUACGACGAUCUGGGAUUGUCCUCCACGUAUGCUAUUUAUGAGGAGGAAAGCUACAACCUCAUGAAUACGCAUAUCCAACAGAUAUCACGUGGCCUUCCCCAUGAUUUAUUCUUCAAAUUCCUGUCCAAGAUCUACCGCAGGGAUGCUUAGACAGCCCCAGAUAUUGUGUUUCCAGUUUAAAAUAUUCAAUAACUCAGACGAUAUUCAAUCAGUGUAUAUAGAAUUCCAUGAACGGUACUAGUUUGUCGAUUUUCGUUCAAAUGAAUUUUGUAAUUUUUUGUACGAGUGAAUAAACGAUUUCAACA